AUGAAGAUGCAUCUUCUUAUCCUCGGAGCUUCCGGUGCGAUCGGGAGCAAAUUCUGCGACAUGGCAAUUGACCAGGGACAUCGGCUUACUCUGUUGGUUCGUAAUCCAAGCAGGCUUCCAGACACCAUCGUGCACAACGAAAGCAUCAAUGUUAUCGAAGGCACACUCGACAAUGAAGCAGCUAUAGACCAAGCCUCACGAUGCGGUGGAGAUGCCUUCAUCUCGUUCGCGGGGCCGUCACCAGGGACGACAGGGACCCCUCUAACAAACGGAUACAAAACCCUAAUACCUCGUCUCCUCCGCCAAAAUAUCACCCGUAUCCUCGUCCUAAGCACCCCUUCCUACCGCUCUGAACCGGAUACCGACUCGUUCAAAUGGAAAGUAGGAAUCUGGACCAUAAGAACCUUCUGUCCUGGAGCGUAUCAGGAGGUGACUGGUAUCGGGGAAUUUGUGUCGUCGUUACGUAUUGCUGAUGGGGUACGGUGGACGGUAUUUCGGGUUGGUGGGUUGACAAAUGGCGCGGAGGAGCCGGUCAAGUCGACAUACGUGGGUAGCGGGGAGGAUGGCUUUUGGAUUAGUAGAGCUAGUGCGGCGAGGUGGGUGUUGGAAGAGGUCAUUGAAAAUAAAUGGGUUGGAAGGACGCCUUAUAUCUGUAACUAG